AUGCCUCAAGUUGCAUAUACGAAAUCGCCAGAACAAUUGGCGGCAGCUUCAAAAGCUGGCAAUGCUAGUCGACCACGUGAAUUUAGUUCAGCCAGUCAACUCAUCCUUUUCUUUUACUUGCUUGGCUACAACAAUGUCAGUUUUAUGGGCUGGUUCUGGGUCAUGUAUGGAACCUUCUUCAGAAUUGCAAUAACCCGCUUUCAAUUUCAUGACGUCCAUGAAGUGGUUUGGGACGCCUUGAUCAUUAUUCAGUCCAGUGCUUUUAUCGAGAUUAUCAACUCUGCUUUUGGAUUCGUACGCGCACCUGUUAUGACCACGGCUAUGCAGGUUGCAUCCCGAUUGUUCUUGGUCUGGGGCGUCAACUAUAUCUUUCCCGAAGUUCAAUCACAUUGGGCUUUUAGCACCAUGAUGAUCGCGUGGUCCGUCACCGAGUGUAUCCGUUAUUCGUACUAUACCUUGAACCUCAUUGGUCAAGUCCCCAAGUUUUUGACCUGGGCACGCUAUAACUUCUUUUUGGUGUUGUAUCCAUUGGGCGUAGGAUCCGAGUUAAUGAUGGUUUAUCAAGCAUUGCCGUAUGCUUACGAAUGGAACCCUUACUACUACUACUUCAUGAUCGUUGUUGCUCUCGUCUAUCUUCCAGGUUUCCCUGUUUUAUUCAUGCAUAUGCUUGCGCAACGUAAAAAGUAUCUCAAGGGCACUUAUAUGGUUGCCGAAAAGAAGCAGCACAAGGACUAA